AUGGAUCUCUAUCAUAAUCUUCUGGGAGUAUCCAGUCCAAAGGUCGCCAUAGAUCAAGCCUCUCAAACAGCUGACCCCGAAACACACAGGAUGGACACAACGCGCAAGGAGCAAAGGGACAAAGAGUAUGUGGGAGUCAAGACUUCUCAAACAACGCACAAACAAAUCACAAGGGCACCUACUAUUUGGUUCAAAUUCUGCUGUGACAUAGCACCACUUGGUGGUGCACUGGGUCCUGGAGUUGGUGUAGAAUGGACGGGGGUCCCAGGUAAUGGUUGCUGGGAAGGCAUCAUCCCACUUCCGUUUACACCUGGUCCCAUGCUGCCGCUGCGCGGUCCAGGGCUUGGUGCCCCACCUGGUGCCGACAUAAUCGACGACUAUUGA